AUGGCCGGGGCGGAAGGAGGACGACCGAGGGCCGUCCGUGUAGGUCGGAUGCGAGGCCCCAGCUCAGCCAUUCUCCUCGCAAGGAGACUCGGCAGGGCAUCAGAGGCCGGCAGUGGGGACAUCUCUGAGAUGUGCUAAACCCAAUUUCAGCUCUUGGUUGCCUUCAGACAACUUGGCAGAUUCUUGGCAGAUUCUACAGGUUGCAUGCACAGCUGAUAGGAAGGUGCAUCAAAAGACACACACAAAAUGGCCACAGACACAGAAAGGCCCGCUGCUGAUCCCUGAGACCACCUCUAUGUACUUAGUCCUUUGUGUGGUGGCAGUAGCGGAAUGACUGUCUCCGAGUUCACCUUGGCAGAAGGGAGUCCAAGGAGGGAAGUUUGCCGAGGAUUCCCUGACACCUGGAGCUGGCCCUGCCCAGACUCCCAGAAUCCAGGCUGUUCUCAGAAGAAGCAGGAGUGGAAGUGCAAGAAGGGUGGGUGAGAGCAGGCCUGGUGUACAGCCCUCACUCAGCGAAAAAGCUCAUGUGGCCUGCUAAUCUAGUGUUAGACGAUGCCUGUGCAUUCACAGUUCAGAUCCUGCAGGAUGCCUUUAGCUAGGGGAAGAUACCAGUCUUUGGUAACCUUUAAUCCUAAUGUUCAGAAAGUAAAAGCUUUUUACUCAGGCUUUUAUGUGAUUGUCUCCAUUGCUGCUGCUUUGUAUAUUGUACGGUAUUUUUAUGUAUGUAUUAAAAAAAUUAAUUAGAUCUGUUUCUAUAUUUGUCGCAUAUUUUAAUUGUGUGAUUUUUAUAGUCUUGUUUUAACUUUUUCUAUGUGAACCGCCUUGUGAUUGUUUUAAUGAAAGGGGAUAUAUAAAUUUAACAAUAAAUAAAUAAAUAAAUAAAAUGCAUGAUUUGUGCAUGGGGUAUGUCCAUCCCUGCCUUUAAUUUCUGAGGUGCUAGGGAGGGGUAUGUGGAGAACAAGCUGUGUCCUUCGUAGGCCUGAGGAACUGGUUUCACAGCAAGGCACAUCACCACCUUCCUAUCUUCUUGUUCCCCAGCUAGAGUACAAAUGGAACUCAUUAUUAACACCGCCUGUCUCCCUUUUCUGCAGAGGCCAGCGAAGGUGAUCAUUAUUUCCAAAUGACAAGGAUGCCUUCAAGGGUUAUACUUUCAUUCAGCCUUUUGUAUGGCAGAGUGAUGUCACCGUUCAAAAAGCCGCAGGGCAUGCCCAGCCCCGUUAAUCAGAGAGGUGAUCCAUGUUAUUCAUCACCAAUCCCUCUUCCUCCAGUAUAUAAGUAAAAAAGAAGAACCCUUAAGUCCUAGAGAACACAAGAACACCCGCCUCCCUUUCAUCUACGGUGUGUGCUCUUUCUGUGUCUCCAUUCUUUUGCUCCCUCCUGCUAAAAUGUCUCAACAAGCCAGCGUAAAGAUCCAGAGAAGAGGCUUCAGUAACGCCUCUGCCAUCCUUCCUAACACUUGCCGCACCAGCUUCAGUUCACACACCGUAUCCAGAGGCAAAGGCUGUGGCAUUGGUGGUGCUGGUUUUGGUAGAGUUGGUGGCGGUGGUGGCUUUGGCAGCCGAAGCCUCUACAAUCUUGGUGGAUCUAAGAGGAUCUCAGCUGUCGGUGGUGCCUCCGGUGCCUGUUAUGGCAGUGGUGUUGGUGGUGGGUACGGUUUUGGUGGUGGCCUUGGCAGUGGAUAUGGGGUUGGUGGUGGCCUAGGUGGUGGCGUAGGCGGUGGCUUCGGCUUAGUCGGAGCUGGCUUUGGUGGUGGGCGAGGCGGCCCUGGCUUCCCUGUUUGCCCACCCGGCGGGAUUCAAGAAGUGACCAUCAAUCAACACCUGCUGACACCUCUGAACUUGGAGAUUGACCCCAACAUACAGAGAGUCCGUAAAGAGGAGGGGGAGCAGAUCAAGACCCUCAACAACAAAUUUGCCUCUUUCAUUGAUAAGGUGCGCUUCCUUGAACAACAGAAUAAGGUUCUGGAAACCAAAUGGAUGCUGCUUCAGGAACAGGGCCAGAAAUCCAUUAAAAACAACACUGAACCUCUUUUUGAAGUUUACAUCAGCAACCUGCGGAAGCAGCUGGGUAACCUGGAGAAUGACAGAAUGAGACUGGGUGGAGAGCUGAAUAACAUGCAGAACCUUGUUGAGGACUACAAGAACAAAUAUGAAGAUGAGAUCAACAAGCGUACAAAUGCAGAGAACGACUUUGUAACCCUCAAAAAGGAUGUGGAUACUGCCUACAUGAACAAAGUAGAGCUAGAUGCCAAGGCAGAUGCCUUGAAUGAUGAACUCAACUUCCUCAAAGCCCUGUAUGAAGCGGAACUCGCCCAGAUGCAGACUCAGAUCUCCAACACAUCUGUGGUCCUCUCUAUGGACAACAACCGUAGCCUGGAUCUGGACAGCAUCAUUGCUGAAGUCAAAGCUCAAUAUGAAGAGAUUGCAAACAGGAGCAGGACUGAAGCCGAAUCUUGGUACCAAAGCAAGUAUGAAGAGCUCCAGGCUUCUGCUGGAAGACACGGCGAUGACCUCCGCAACACCAAGCAAGAGAUUUCAGAACUCACCCGACACAUUCAGAGACUACGGGCUGAAAUCGACAAUGUGAAAAAGCAGUGUGCCAAUCUUCAGGCAGCCAUUGCUGAGGCAGAGGAGCGGGGUGAGCUGGCCCUGAAGGAUGCCAAGCAGAAACUGGCUGAGCUGGAGGAAGCUCUUCAGAGAGCCAAGCAAGACAUGGCCCGGCAGCUGAAGGAGUACCAGGAGCUGAUGAAUGUCAAGCUAGCCCUGGAUGUUGAGAUCUGCACCUACAGGAAGCUUCUGGAAGGAGAGGAAUGCCGGCUGACUAGUGAUACAGCAGGUGCAGUGAACAUCUCUGUUGUCUCUUCAACCGUUUCACGCGGAGGUGCUAUGAGCAGCGGUCUCGGCUACGGAGGUGGGAGCAGCCUCAGCCUGGGAGGAGCCGGAAUGGACGGUUUUGGUGUAGGAGGCAGCUGCGUUGGUCUUGGGAGUGGACUUGGUAUCGGAGGAGGCAGCGGAUUCAGUUCUGGAAGCGGAAGACGUAUCGGAGGUGUGAGCCUUGGAGGAGGCAGCUGCUCUAAUGUCAAAUUUGUUUCAGGUUCCUCUCAAAAAAGCUACAGAAGCUAAAGCUCAAACUCCCUUGUAGUGCUUUUAAAUAAAAAUGUAACGUGGACCAUCUCAACCCUGGGCUUUUGUCUACACAAACCUCUGUCUCUCCUUUGUGAACAGCUCUUGUAAGACAUCCAGUUUAUAAUUCUUUGAAAUAUACAAAAUUCUGCUUGUAAAUCGAUCCAUACUUUGCAAUAAUCUGUAAUCUUGACCCCUACCUUUUUUGAGUCAAAAUUCUGAAGUUUCAAAUUUUGUAUAAACCAGAUGACCAUUUGUCUGCUCUUCAAGUUGUUUGAAACCUUGCUUCACUUUUGAGUGUGUUAUUCUGUCCAAUAAAAUGCAUAUUGUAAUUUAUAGAA